ACAAAAUAAUCCAAAUAUUCCAUUUCCAUAUAUAUAUAUUCAAAGGUUUGGAACUAUAUAAUUUCAGUAGCAAAAAAAAGAAAAGAAAAACACACAGAGCAAAAUCAAACAAAAAUAUCAAAAUGGUUUUUUCGAGAAAAUGUCGUUUUCUUGUGUUUUUAUGUCUCGCUGUUCUCUUGAUCUCAGAAUCUGCAAAAAUUGAAGGACAGAAGAAACCCAUUCUGAUAGGUCCAUGCGCAACGUUUCCACACUGCAAUCAGACUUGCAUUGAAUCCCACUAUGUUGGUGGAAAAUGUAUUCCAGUGGCUCCAACUUACACUGAAUCGAUAAAAUUUCUUAGUGCAAAGGGAAUGAUU